CCCUUCCAAAAGGUUUUCUAGGCUUAGGAGGAGAAGAGAAAUGAGCCCCGGGGCCAUCGUGGCUAUCCCAGGGCCACAGAAAUAAUUUUCAGCAUUGCAGAGGCCCGGUCUCCAGUCUGCUGCAGGUGCCGCAGGUGUGGCAGGUGCGAGGCCUGGCCGCUCUUGGCUCUGGAUCCUGACUGUCAGAAGAUUGCUUGGAGAGUAGGGGGCACGUUUCACAGCCGCUGGGAAGCUCAGCGAGAUGCCAGACCUACCUUCAGCCUUCCUGCCCCUCCUCCUUCUUUCCAAGUUAGUUGCCCCCGUGACCUUUCGUCACCACCGCUAUGAUGACCUCGUGCGGACGCUGUACAGGGUGCACAACCAAUGCCCGGACAUCACGCGGCUCUACAACAUCGGGCGCAGCGUGAAGGGGAGGUACCUCUACGUGCUGGAGUUCAGUGACCACCCGGGGAUCCAUGAGCCCUUGGAACCGGAAGUCAAGUACGUGGGGAACAUGCACGGGAAUGAGGUGCUGGGCCGUGAGCUGCUACUGCAGCUGUCGGAGUUCCUCUGUGAGGAGUUCAGGAACCGGAACCCGCGAAUCCUGCACCUCAUCCAGGACACACGCAUUCAUAUCCUGCCUUCCAUGAACCCCGACGGCUAUGAGGUGGCUGCCGCACAGGGCCCAAGCACAUCUGGGUAUCUGGUUGGUAGGAACAAUGCAAAUGGAGUGGACCUGAACCGCAACUUCCCUGAUCUCAACACCUAUUUCCACUACAACGAGAAGUAUGGCGGUCCCAACCACCACUUACCCCUCCCAGACAACUGGAAAAGUCAGGUGGAACCGGAGACCCGGGCAGUGAUCCAGUGGAUUCGUUCCCUAAAUUUCGUUCUUUCAGCCAAUCUGCAUGGAGGGGCUGUGGUGGCCAAUUACCCAUAUGACAAGUCACUUGAUCAUCGUUUCCGAGGUCCCCACCGUACCUCCAAUUCCCCCACGCCAGAUGACCAGCUCUUCCAGACGCUGGCCAAGGUCUACUCCUACGCGCAUGGCUGGAUGCACCAAGGCUGGAACUGCGGUGACUACUUCCCAGACGGCAUCACCAACGGGGCGUCCUGGUACUCUCUCAGCAAGGGAAUGCAAGACUUCAAUUAUCUCCACACCAACUGCUUUGAGAUCACACUAGAGCUGAGCUGCAACAAGUUCCCCCGGCAGGAGGAGCUGCAGCGGGAGUGGCUGGGUAACCGGGAAGCCUUAAUCCAGUUCUUGGAACAGGUCCACCAGGGCAUCAAGGGCAUGGUGAUUGAUGAGAACUCUAACAACCUCACAGGGGCUGUCAUUUCUGUCACUGGGAUCAAUCAUGAUGUCACUUCAGCCCAGGAUCCCAGCCAGGGAAUGACGCCGUUCACAGUGGGUGAGCAUGGAGAUUACUUCCGUCUGCUGCUUCCGGGGACUUAUACUGUCACUGCCAAGGCACCAGGGUACGACCCCCAAACAGUGAUUGUGACCGUGGGGCCUGCGGGACCAACUCUGGUCAACUUCCAACUCAAUCGAAGCACAUCUCAGGUGUUCCCUGUGCAGAAAGCUCCUGGCCGAGGACAGGGAAGCAGGCCAAAGCAGUCUCGGACACCCAAAAAGAAAGACACAGCAACAAAGAGGCAUCGAGGCCCUGCCUGAAGCCCAGCACCCAGGGCCACACACAGCAAGGCAAGGUCCCUGCUCUCAUAUCUGGUGGCCACACUUCUCCCUUAUUAUCUGGGACAUAUUCAGACACAGGCACAUUCAGAACAGUUCCACGUAUGUCUGUCUGUCCCGGAGCAAGCCUUCCCUAGGCCAGUCAGCAUUAAAGGAGUUGGAACCUUCUGGAAA